UAUGGUCUUCUUCUCUGCCCUGACCCGCAGGUCCUGAGGAGAGAGCCUUUGCGUCCACCUGAACAUGUCUGGCCCGGUCACCAGUCGAUCCCGGGUUUACCCCGACGUGAACACACAGAGACCCCGGGAGUACUGGGAUUACGAGUCACAUGUCGUGGAGUGGGGGUGAGCUGAGCUAGCCAUCAAGCCAUCUGAUUGGUCCGCGGCAGCAGCACCACACCCUUACCCCAUUCAGUGUCAGACACUACAACACUAAGGGAGAAUCUCAAUUGCAUACUCCUCCAUCUCAAAACCUAUUGGAGGAGGUCAGAGGGGAGGGACCUCUGGCUUUCGCAUUCAAUGGGUUUUGAGAAAGAGGCGAAAAUUCUUCCUAUGAGAUUUAGCUAUGGCAUGCGCCCCUAUAUGGGCCAUGUUCAGCAACGGCACAACGGUGUGGAAUUGUAGUGUUCAGAUAGAAAUAUAUGAAGUAGAACAAACGUGCCUUCCUUAUCUCUCCCGAGUGGCGCAGUGGUCUAAGGCACUGCAUCGCAGUGCUAGCUGUGCCACUAGAGAUCCUGGUUCGAAUCCAGGCUCUGUCGUAGCCGGCCGCGACCGGGAGACCCAUGGGGCGGCGCACAAUUGGCCCAGCGUCGUCCAGGGUAGGGGAGGGAAUGGCCGGCAGGGGAUGUAGCUCAGUUGGUAGAGCAUGGCGUUUGCAACGCCAGGGUUGUGGGUUCGAUAAAAUAAUGUAUGCGCUAACUGUAAGUCGCUCUGGAUAAGAGCGUCUGCUAAAUGACUAAAAUGUAAAUGUAUGUAGAGUAAGGAAUCACGUCAGCUCUAUUCAUCACAUUUCUAUCUGCAACAUUCCACAACAUGAGCCUGGUGCGUUGCAGUUCUAAUUGAAAACUUGGAAUGUGCCAGCUUUAUCAUCACGUAUCACAGUGUUAACUAUCUGUUGGUGGAAUCGUGGGCUUAUCUGUCUUGACAUUGUUGUGAAUAUUACUCAAUAUUUUAUUCUCUGAUCUGACCCUCAGGAAUCAAGAUGACUACCAGCUGGUGCGAAAGCUCGGCCGGGGCAAAUACAGCGAAGUGUUUGAAGCAAUCAACAUCACAAACAAUGAGAAAGUAGUAGUCAAAAUACUCAAGGUACUGGCUCUAGACUGAGACCCAGCGUGUUUCUUUCAAAUAUAUAUUAAAGGUAUUUAGAUAGUUGGAAACAGAGGAGACAGGCAAGCGGGAAUAACAGUAGGAACGGUGGACACGGGGAUCAAACCCCGGUCUCCAGUGGGGAGAGACAUGUUAGGCUUUCUAUAUUGGCCCUCUAGGCUUUCUGUAUAGGCCUUUAUAUGAUUUCUGUGUUCUGCUCACAGCAUGGUAUUUCACAGAAGCACUGUCAAACAUUGUUCUUCUCUUGUGCCCCAACAGCCAGUAAAGAAGAAGAAAAUCAAGCGAGAAAUCAAGAUUCUAGAAAAUCUGCGAGGCGGCCCCAACAUCAUCACACUUCUAGACAUCGUCAAGGAUCCAGUGGUCAGUUUCUCCACCUACCAAUAAUACAUGCCAUCAUGCUGCUCGGUAUAAUAUCAUAUGACAUUUUGGGUACCACUCUCGCUGAAAAUCCAGCCGAAUCUUGUAUGCAUUAGAUUUUACUUGCUAGAUAUUGCUGCACUGUCGGAACUAGAAGACACUACACUCGUGUCUUAAAAAGAGAAAACAUCUGCUAACCAUGUGUAUGAGACCAAUACAUUUGAUUUGCAUCCGUUAUGUAAUGAUUUUACUAAACAUAUUUGGUCUGUGUUUUAUAAACAUUUCAAAAACACAUUUUGUCCCAUCAUUGCAGUCUCGGACUCCAGCCCUGGUUUUUGAACACGUUAACAACACAGACUUCAAGGUAAGUAGCAUCGCUCUCAUUUGUUUCCAUUCAAAAUGGAAGCCUUCGCUUUGACCGCACGUCUGUUAUAUCCCUCAGUGGCGUUCUAGUGAAAUGUGUUUUGUUUUUAUCUUCUUGUAGCAAUUAUAUCAAACGCUAUCAGACUACGACAUACGGUUCUACAUGUACGAGAUCUUAAAGGUAAGACCUGCAGGGGGGGGUAGCCAGCCAACGAACGGCUAUCCAUUUAAAAGUGCGUCUAUGCAGAAAUAUGUGUAUAUAUUUCUUAAUUCCAUUCUUAUACUUUUUAGAUUAGUGUGUAUUGUUAGAUAUUACUGCAUUGGUGGAGUUAGGAACACAAGCACUUCCCUACACCCGCAGUAACAUCGGCUAAAUAUGUGUAUGCGACCAGUAACAUUUUGGACACACCUACUCAUUCAAGGGUUUUCUUUAUUUUGACUAUUUUCUACAUUGUAGAAUAAUAGUGAAGACAUCAAAACUAUGAAAUAUCACAUAUGGAAUCAUGUAGUAACCAAAAAAGUGUUAAACCAAUAUUUUAUAUUUGAGAUUCUUCAAAUAGGCACACUUUGCCUUGAUGACAGCUUUGCACACUCUUGGCAUUCUCUCAACUAGCUUCACCUGGAAUGCUUUUCCAACAGUCUUGAAGGAGUUCCCACAUAGCUUAUCACUUGUUGGCUGUUGUUCCUUCACUCUGCCAUCCGACUCAUCCCAAACCAUCUCAAUUGGGUUGAGGUCGGGAGAAUGUGGAGGCCAGGUCAUCUGAUGCAGCACUCAUCACUCUCCUCCUUGGUAAAAUAGCCCUUAUACAGCCUGGAGGUGUGUUGGGUACGGUAAUUGUCCUGUUGAAAAACAAAUGAUAGUCCCACUAAGCCCAAACCAGAUGGGAUGGUGUAUCACUGCAGAAUGCUGUUGUAGCCUUGCUGGUUAAAUGUGCCUUGAAUUCUAAAUAAAUCACACAGUGUCACCAGCAAAGCACACCCACAACAUAACACCUCCUCCGUGCUUUACCGUGGGAACUACACAUGCGGCAAUCAGCCGUUCACCCACACCGUGUCUCACAAAGACACAGCGGUUUGAACCAAAAAUCUCCAAUUUGGACUCCAGACCAAAGGACACAUUUCCAACGGUCUAAUGUCCAUUGCUCGUGUUUCUUGGCUCAAGCAGGUCUCUUCUUCUUAUUGGUGUCCUUUAGUAGUGGUUUCUUUAUAGCAAAUCGACCAUGAAGGCCUGUUUCACACAGUUCCCUUUCAAAGUUCUUAAGUUUCCGUAUAGACAGACCUUCAUGUCUUAAAGUAAUGAUGGACUGUUUCUGUUUGCUUAUUUGAGCUGUUCUUGCCAUAAUAUGGACUUAGUCUUUUACCAAAUAGGGCUAUCUUCUGUAUACACCCCCUACCUUGUCACAACACAACUGAUUGGCUCAAACGCAUUAAGAAGGAAAGAAAUUCCACAAAUUAACUUUUAAGGCAGCACACCUGUUAAUUGAAAUGCAUUCCAGGUGACUACCUCAUGAAGCUGGUUGAGAGAAUGCCAAGAGUGUGCAAAGCUGUCAUCAAGGCAAAGGGUGGCUAUUUGAAGAAUCUCAAUUAUAAAAUAUAUUUUGAUUUGUUUUAACACUUUUUGGGUUACUACAUAUGUGUUAUUUCAUAGUUUUGAUGUCUUCACUAUUAUUCUACAAUGUAAAAAUAAAGAAAAACCCUUGAAUGAGUAGGUGUGUCCAAACUUUUGACUGGUAGUGUAUAUGUAUGUGUGUCUGUCUCUAAAAAAUGUAUUGCAGCGGUGGCAACAAUUUUGAAGGGGAAGCACCGCUAUAACUGGGGGUGCGUCCCAAAUGGUACCCUAUUCUCUAUAGUACAGAGCCCUGGCCAAAAGUAGUGCACUAUAAUGGAAUAGGGUGCAAUUAGGGACGCACUCUGGGUGAGCGGAACGGGUGCUUCUCCAAUCUCCCCUGAUUGAAAUAGCCUGAGGUAGAGGUGUUCUCGGGGCCAAAAACUUGUACCCGAGGACAAUCAGACCUAGAUCAGCUUCAAGUCACAGCACUGUUUACAUACCUUAGCUGCUGUAGUCCUGCACAGUGGAUACCCCUCCCCACCCCUCCCACGUCUACACACUAUCCCUGUCACCCCUCCCCUCCCACGUCUACACACUACCCGGCACCCCUCCCACGUCUACACACUAUCCCUGUCACCCCCUCCCCUCCCAUGUCGACACACUACCCCUCCCCUCCCUUUUCUGUCCAGUACACCUGCCACUCUUACAGUAACUAUAAUGUCUCAAGCAUAGUAUCCACCUGGUACUGGACUGUUAUGACAUGUUAGAGUGGAGGCAGGCUGCAUCAAUGACAUUUAGGCCUGACAUCGGUAGGGUAUAGGCCAGUAACUUGCAUUUACCGCUGAGAUUAGACUACAUUCUGAUGCACAGUUCCUGUACUGUAUUUAGGACAUGCUAUAGCGCUUUAGGGAGGACUAGGGUGGGGAGCAUCUAGUCAGUCUCUCCCACUGGGGAGGGGAUUUAGCCUAGCUGCCGCAGUGUUAAUUUUGGCAGCUGUGUUUAGAUUUAGUUUUAGUCUUAAUACCUUUUUAGUCUUGGUCACAUUUUAGUAAUUUCAUCCUUCGUUAGUUUUUAGUUAUCAGUCAACUAAAAUGCUGGACAAUUUGUCUAGUUUUAGUCACAGUGCAUUUUCUUCCCAAUUAAUUAAUAUUGACCUUUAUCGUCCAUCAUGGGCACAAUCGGAUAGCGUUGUCCAGCUAGGUCUACUAUCCCUGCAUAUAUCUUAACUGGCAACAUUGAUAUUGUGGCAGAUUGUAAUAACCAUAUAGGCUAUAAAGCCUUCGCUACAGGUUCAACAAUUGAUAUCAUAACUGUUGGAGGGGGGUAAAUAACAGUGAUUUCAAUGAAAAGUGGAGGAUCUGAGCUUUCCAAAAAUGCUAGAAGUAUUACUGUACUCUUAAAAUUCUGCAAAUAGCAUUUUGUUUUUCCAAUCGGGUAAAAGGAACCACAACUCGCAUUUCCUCGAGAGCUCGAGAGUGGCAAUACAGAUGAAUAACGGCGCACAUGGCAAAAUAGAGCUUCUCAUGUGAUCAGUGCAAAACUUGCCUAUAUGAAAGCAAAUAUUAUCAGACAUUGUUUCUAAUUGAGGUACGUUGCAAUUGAAGUGUCCUGGCUGCGCAUCAGUUCAAAAGAGAGGCGAGUGAUUGAAGUGACCUCGCGGGAACUGUGUGUGUGGGAGAGUCUGCUUUGCUCAAGCAGCCCGCGCAACUGAAAGACGUUAUCAGCCAUUGAGAGGAUUGCAUUAAAUAUUCUGAGAUGAAAAGUAAUUUUAAAGAGUUAUUUAGUAAUCGUUUUUUUCCACGGCGUCUUGUUAUAGUCAUUCGUUUUUGUCAGGAAAAAUAGGUAGUUGACAAGUAUUUUUCAUUGUAGUUCUUGUUGACUACUGCUGAGGGCCUCUCUUCACUGUGGCAAGCAGAAACCCUGAGCAGGGCAGGCGAGGGAGAGGUAACCCAUAUGGAGGAGACGUGUUAAAGGGAUGAGGCUUUAUCUGAGUGGACAGGCCUGACACAUUGUGUCUCCCUCUGUACUCCCAGCCCAACCCCUGCUCAGCCAGGAGUAUUUACACCACAGCUGCUCCUCACGCUGGUGCUUUUGAACUAGCUACAGGAAAAUAACUAUGCCUGAGACUUCAUCAGUUUAUUUGUAUUCAGUUGUUUACACUGUAGCCUGGAUGGAUGGAUGAAAACCUGCUGGUUUUAUAUUUAUUUUUAUAUAAUUUUUCAGCAUAUACCACAUUUGACUAUCUCUGAGGACAAUUGGUAGAUACUGUACUUUUGUUUGUCUUCAGCAUCUUUCUCGUAAACACACCUGAUGUUUAAAAGAUCUGUCUCUAUAAAUGGCUGGCGGUGGAUUACAGUACUAUGGUCUGUCUCAGUGGUAGCAGCCAAGCUAAAGUGUGCUAAGCAGGAUCACGGAAAAGCUCUCCCCAGCCCACAAGCACGGAAAAGCAUCUGCUCCCGUCUUUAUCCCACUGACUUGGCCUUCUCACAUAUCUGGUGCGCUCUCUCCCUGGCCUCACUGAUGUAGGUGAAAGAUCAGCUGAAGGAGCUGUCAGAGAUCAGGAAUUAAGGAUAGGAAUCACGAUCCAUGGUUGUUAGCCUAUAGAAUAGUAGUGAUCCCCAAUCAUGGGACAAAAACCUGCAGCUCUCUAGGAGUAGGGUUGAUGAGGAUCACUUGCCUGUGGUGUUCACGUUUCAUCUGUGCUUUUGAGUACGAUUAUUGUAUUUAAAACGGACUAUUAUUAAGUCAGUUUAAGUGCUGUACACUGUGUGUAGGGCUAUAUGCUGAUGGUGGGAAAGCAAAUCAAUCAUUACACCAUCACCACCGAUGAUACUUAAUAGGUGUGUUGGCCAAGUAUUUUCCAUUAUGUUUACGUCAGUAGGACUUAAUGCAGCCAUAAAGAUGACUGACAGGACCAUUCUCCCCGCUUAAUUGGCUAGGAUACGUGAGAGGGAUCUGUUAUCCGCCUGAGAACACCGUGGCUCUGUUCGGUUGUGUUCCGUACACACACAACUGAAGAAAGCGCUCUGAACUUCGCUCUGAACUGUUUUCCGUUGCACAACUUUCUGCCUCUGUGUGUCCUAGUUAACAUGAACCAGUUCCCAGCUGUUUCUGCUCUCCUCUCUGUUCCCACCCACAGGCCCUGGACUACUGUCAUAGUAUGGGCAUCAUGCACAGAGACGUCAAGCCACACAACGUCAUGAUCGACCACGAACACAGAAAGGUACUGGCCUAUUUCUAAAUUUUCCCUCCCUUCUUUCCCUGAUUGGCUAAUUUGCAUGUGGUCACCAAGACCAAUUUAUGGGCAGAGUAUUGCCCCACAGUGUGCGGCUGUUGGGUUUAGUUGGUUCACGAAGCACCCCGGCUCAUCUGUGAUUGGUCCAAUUGUGACAUACAAUGCAUUUAGCCAAUCGUUGAGCAAGGCACUUAACCCUAAUUCGCUCCAGAGGUGCCAUACUACUAUGGCUGACCCUAUAAAACAACACAUUUCACUGCACCUAUCCGGUGUGACAAUACACCAUCUUUUUUCUUUUUUUUACCUUUUCAUUCAGUUGGUAGGAUAAUUCAUGUUGCCUCCUGAGGUAAGAUGCAUUUCAGAGAGAGUCUUUGGUUUAUUUUUCUAAUAUGAAAUCAUUAAUAAUCUUUAUUUACUAAGGUUUGGUCCCCCAUUGUGACUAGAAAGUGUAGAAAUCUAAUGAAUAAAUGUAUUAUUUAUCUGAUUCUGUAUACACAAAUAUACAUUAAUGUAUUCCACCCACACGCAUAUCUGCUAAAUUUCAGACAAAAUCUCCUGAGCGUGUUCGUAUGAUCUAUCUUUAUGACUAUAAAGUCCUGGCUGUUUGAUUCUAGUGAGAUGUUUUUAAAGUAAGUGUUGAUUGGUUGUUUCUAGCUUCGCCUUAUAGAUUGGGGUUUGGCAGAGUUCUACCACCCUGCUCAGGAGUACAAUGUACGAGUGGCGUCCCGAUACUUCAAGGGUCCAGAGCUGCUGGUCGACUACCAGGUCAGGCAGUCCUCUGCUAUCUGUUUUUAGAACAUUUUGUUCUGAUGCCAUUCCCUGUUGACUGUGUCCUGAUACCAUUCCCUGUUGACUGUGUCCUGAUGCCAUUCCCUGUUGACUGUGUCCGGAUGCCAUUCCCUGUUGACUGUGUCCGGAUGCCAUUCCCUGUUGACUGUGUCCGGAUGCCAUUCCCUGUUGACUGUGUCCGGAUGCCAUUCCCUGUUGACUGUGUCCGGAUGCCAUUCCCUGUUGACUGUGUCCGGAUGCCAUUCCCUGUUGACUGUGUCCGGAUGCCAUUCCCUGUUGACUGUGUCCGGAUGCCAUUCCCUGUUGACUGUGUCCCUGUAUAGAUGUACGACUACAGUUUAGACAUGUGGAGCUUGGGAUGCAUGCUGGCCAGUAUGAUCUUCAGGAAGGAGCCUUUCUUCCAUGGACACGACAACUACGACCAGGUGAGAGCUUAGCCACCCUAUCAAAUCAACCAAACUAAAUAUCAAUCAAUUUCAUUGUAUUUGUAUAGAGUGCUUUUAACUAAAAUAUUUGUCAGUGUUUUAAUAGUAACCUGGCCUUAACCCCCAAAGUGAAGGUAGAAUAUUACUUUAUUGUCCCGUGCGCACACAUGUCCAAAUGGAAAUGUGUGUACUGCUUUAUCCUAACCUCUCUGAUACACACUUCUAGUAGUGGUCCUAGUGAUGUUCAGACAGCAGAUGCUGCCCCCCAGUGUUUAAUGCAUGUCAGUCCCGUUUGCUUUGCAGCUUGUACGGAUCGCAAAAGUCCUGGGCACAGAAGACCUUUAUGACUACAUCGAUAAAUACAACAUCGAGCUAGACCCACGGUUCAACGACAUUCUGGGCAGGUAGGUUGAUCUCAAAUCUCGGAAGUUGUUAGUGUUGCGUCUAUCUGUCAGUGUGUUUGAAGGUGUCCGUUUGAGCAAGACUAGGCAUAGAAUCACACAAUGAGUAGUUAUGUGGGAUGCAAGAUGAUUUGUAGAUCAGCGAUUCAGCACAUUCCCAACUGCAACACACUCCUCACUGUGUGACCAUUUAUGCUCUGUCAUUCCCGUAAGCGGUGGGAGAGGUUUGAGGAGAGGCUGUGUCCAUGUUGUAUUGUCGCUGACCAUUUAGUCUCUUUUUGUUACCCAGACAUUCCCGUAAGCGGUGGGAGAGGUUUGAGGAGAGGCUGUGUCCAUGUUGUAUUGUCGCUGACCAUUUAGUCUCUUUUUGUUACCCAGACAUUCCCGUAAGCGGUGGGAGAGGUUUGUGCACAGUGAGAACCAGCACCUGGUGAGCACCGAGGCACUGGACUUCCUGGACAAGCUGCUGCGCUACGACCACCAUGCCCGCCUCACAGCCCGGGAGGCCAUGGACCAGCCCUACUUCUGUGAGCUGCACCUCAUUAUCCAUCUCUCUCACACACACUCACACCAUGGACCAGCCCUACUUCUGUGAGCUGCACCUCAUUAUCCAUCUCUCUCACACACACUCACACCAUGGACCAGCCCUACUUCUGUGAGCUGCACCUCAUUAUCCAUCUCUCUCACACACCAUGGAUCAGACCUACUUCUGUGAGCUGCACCUCAUUAUCCAUCUCUCUCUCACACCAUGGAUCAGACCUACUUUUGUGAGCUAGCACAGCAGUCACUCACAGUUUAGCUUUAGCGCUCUGGCCAUGGACCACCCCUUCUGUGAGCUUUAACGUUACCUCCCUGUUAUCCAGAGUUCACGUAUCAGUUUCUCCACAAAGUCGACACUGGACUAUAUUGGACAGUCAUGCAUCUCUGCACGCCGUUUGUGUAUUCAAUGACUGCUAUACUUUUGUGCUAUGUUUGCUUGUGUGAUUGUCAUUGAGUUUGUCUCUCUGUCAGACCCCAUUGUGAAAGACCAGGCGAGGAUGGGCUCUACAUCAGGGCUGUCGACUGGUUCUACCCCAGUCAGCUCCUCCAGUAUGAUGACAGGUAACACACACAGGGUCUGAUGAUGAGGUGUCUGCAGGGGUCUUUACAGUAUGUUGCUCUUCUAAAGAGAUGAUUCUACAGUUGGCAAAGGAGGAUGGUUAUUGAUAGAAAGUAGUAUCAGUUCUUGUGUGAUAAUUUGCUAAUGGAGGAGGUCCCCAGCCACUGCCUCUGAUGCUGUUUAAAAAAAUAUAUAUUUUCAUUUCUCUUCUCUAGGUAUCACCUCCAUGUCCUCGUCGCAGCCCCUGGCUAAUGUGGCAGGCUCUCCUGUGAUCUCCUCCCCCAGUGCUCUGGCCACUCAGGUCCCAGCCGCCGCCGGGGCCCAGCCCUGAACGGUGCCCGGGAUUGACCCACUGCCUCUGUCUGGCCCGGCCUACCCGGCAACAACCAUUUUUAUGUUGAGUAUAACAAAGAAUAAGAUAUUAGGUUCCCCUUUUCUUUUUCCAUACAAUAAUUAUAUAUUGACAUCCGGGCGCACAACAAGAGGGAGAGAGCUGCGUUCAUUCGUGAUGACGGUGUCUAGAAAUGCAACUACAAUGUAGAAAGUAAGCAAAAUGGAUAAUAAAAUUUAUUUUAUAUGUCCCUAAAGUACAUGUUUUGUUUUGAGGUUGUUUUCUAUAGGUCAGAGGUUGUUGAUUUUUCUAGUGUUUUUUUUGUUUUGUUUUUUUAAUCAACCGUUAGUGGUCACAUCAAAUGACUCAUGGGCUGCUUGUAACAUUUUGUUAAAUUCAUUUUCUGUUGUUAAAAUUUUCGUCAUUGAAUUUCUCUCAAUAGAACGGCACCCCCGGUUUAGUUAUUUUCAAUGUCAUCCGUAAUGUUUUUAUCAUGAGGCAGUUUCGCAAUGAUUAUGCUUGUUAUUUAGUUGUGGCUAUUUCAGGCUUAUU